AUGCCCACUGCCUAUCUGCUGCUACGAUCCAAUGGUCGCACCCCUCCAACCCAGAUGCCCACUUUGAUCUAUGGGACGGCUUGGAAAAAAAACCGUAGCGCAGAGCUUGUAUAUACAGCUCUAAAAGCCGGAUUUCGUGCCGUAGACACUGCAGCACAGCCGAAACAUUAUCGUGAAGAUCUAGUGGGAGAAGGAAUUAGAAAAGCGAUUGCCGAGGGUAUUGUCAAGCGCGAGGAAAUCUACAUCCAAACAAAAUACACACCGAUAUCAGGACAGAAUCCACAUGAUAUGCCAUAUGAUGCAAGUCUUAGUAUAAGCGAGCAAGUCAAGGCAUCAAUCCACUCGUCUCUCCACAAUUUAGGCCUUGCACAAGAUGAGGCAAAUACGGCUAAUGGUACCUAUAUCGACACACUGGUACUCCAUUCACCGUUAAGAGCCAUUGAACAGACUAUAGAGGCCUGGAUCGCAGCCGAGAGCUUUGUGCCCGACGUUAUACACAACCUCGGAAUAUCAAAUUGCCCACUUCCGAUACUGAAAGCGCUUUGUUCCUCACCUGAGAUCAAAAUCAAGCCGGCUGUGGUUCAGAAUCGCUUUUACCCUGAUGAAGACUACGACGUGAAAUUACGCUCUUUUGCUCGCGAAAAUGACAUUAUGUACCAGUCUUUCUGGACACUGACGGCCAACCCGGAGCUUAUCGAGAGUGAGCAGGUACAGCAACUUUCAGAAAAUGUGGGGAUCAGUGUUGCAGCUGCUUUGUACGCGCUUGUGAUGAGUCUAGGAAAGGUUUCGGUGCUUGAUGGAACGAAGAGUGAAGUCCAUAUGAAAGAGGAUCUGGAGCUGUUUUCAAAGAUUGAGGAGUUUAGUGGAGAACACCAGCAAGAAUGGCAAGGUCUGGUCAAGGGCUUCAAACAAUUGAUUGGAGAACCAGCGUGA